GAAACCACAACAACACCAAAGAUCAUGGUGGAGAUCUUCGGCGCGAUCACCGGCUGAAGUUCAAAAGUUGAGGACAGAAUGGACAAAACCGGUGGUUUAGAAAACAACGAUCUAGGAGCUCUAACGAAAGAACAGCAGGGAAAGCUAAAUGAGUAUAAGAUAAAAACAAGAUUUGCCAACGAGAAAUACAUAAGAAGUCACCCCGAGAUAGGAUGCCUUUUGUCCAGUUUUGUAAGUGAUGUUUUAUCGCAAAGGCCAGAAAAUACAAGAGAAUUUGCUGCAGCAUUUUUUUCCAACCCUGAAUUGCCACUGAAAGUCAAAGCAUUAACACAGAAUCAAUUGUCUAAAGUCAAAUCAAGUCAAUGAUGUGAAAUAAUGUUGUUUUAUCAAGGUGACUGUAAAUUUGUGAACAUUUCAAAACCUAAUUUUUCCUGUAACCAUUCAUUAUCACUGUACACUAAUUCACAUAACUUUGUAGAUAGGUGUUAAAUACUAUGGAUGAAAUUUUGAUAAAAUCAAUAUAUUUUUCUAUUUCACUA